GUCCGAAUUCCACUCGAUGAGACUGCGUGUGUGUUUAUCAAUGGGGGGAAAAUAAAAUGUGUAUUAUUUUCCGUGAUCUCGCAGUGUGGAUGGAUUUUUGUGAUAGCAGGAGUUGAGCGACAAAAAGUAAAAGUACUUGGAGUACGUGUAAGCGCGAAAGUGUCGAAUGGCAGAGGUGUGUUGGGCUUCUCUGGAUGGCGAAGAGUGGGAGGAAAUUGACGGUGGAAAAGGCCAACAGCCCGUGAGACUUGUUCCUCAGUUUGUGCAGUGUCUCAGUGUUGUGUAGAUGGUAUUUGGGUACUCUCCAAGUGGACUCUACACACAAAUUAUUUUCCUAUACCCAAAAAAGUGUUCUUGAUGGUGUUCCGCUGGUUCAAUUCCCUCUACUGCAGGCUCUUUCCUCAAUCCGACACAAUGACAAUCUUCGAGAAAUUGCGUGAUCACCUGGCCACAUACGGCCAGGAGCAUCUCGUACAGUUCUGGGAUGAGCUCACGGAUGACGAGAGGCGAGAGCUGCAGGAGGAUAUUAAUGAAUUUGACCUGGAAGAGGUUCAUACAAUCUUCCGGCGUGCCAUUGCUGGACUGCAGGAUGCCAGUGAGAAACUGGAUGAUCAGCUGCAGCCCAUGCCAGAAUCCCUGUGUAUGUCUGUAAAACGUACAGAUCCUACUCUGUUGAGGGAAUACGAGAGUGAGGGUCUGAGGCAGGUUGCACAGGGCUAUGUGGGAGUAUUGCUGAUGGCAGGUGGUCAGGGUACACGAUUGGGUUUUAAUCAUCCCAAAGGGAUGUAUGACGUGGGUUUACCAUCGCGAAAAACCCUAUUCCAGAUUCAGGCUGAACGAAUCCGCAAACUUGAGCGACUUGCUCACGAUGCUACUGGUCAGGAGGGCCAUAUUACCUGGUACAUCAUGACCAGUGAGCACACGAUGGAGCCCACAAGGAGAUUCUUCGAGAAGCAUGAUUUCUUUGGGCUUCGGGAGGAGGAUAUUGUGAUGUUUGAGCAAGGUAGUCUCCCAUGUUUCGACUUCGAAGGUCGUAUCCUCCUGGAUGAGCGCCAUCGACUGGCCAAGGCUCCAGAUGGGAACGGUGGUAUCUACCGUGCCCUCUGUGAACGGGGUAUCCUCAGUGACAUGAUCAGUCGAGGAGUACUCUAUCUCCAUGCUCACAGUGUCGAUAACAUUCUCAUCCGUGUGGCCGAUCCCAUUUUUAUCGGUUACUGUGUCCAACAGCGCGCAGAUUGUGCUGCCAAGGUGGUCGAGAAGUCCCAACCCAGCGAACCUGUUGGUGUAGUGUGUGUUGUGGAUGGCAAGUACCAAGUGGUGGAGUACAGCGAAAUCACCAGCAAGUCAGCCGAAAUGCGGAAACCCGAUGGCAGGCUGACCUUCAGCGCUGGCAACAUAUGCAAUCACUUUUUCACCACAGCAUUCCUCCAGCGAGUGGCUGGGCAACAUGAGAAGGAGCUCAAGUUGCACGUGGCCCAGAAAAAGAUACCCAGCGUGGAUAAGGAUGGGGUAAGACGGACACCAGACAAGCCCAAUGGUAUCAAAGUGGAGAAAUUUGUCUUCGAUGUAUUCCAAUUUGCUGAGAAAUUUGUUGUGGUUGAAGUGGAGCGCAACGAGGAAUUCAGUGCACUGAAGAAUGCUGAUGGAGCCAAGAAAGACUGCCCAUCGACAGCCAGGCAAGCAAGACAUCUUCCGCCUCCAUCGACAAUAUAUUGAGACAUCAGGUGGAUCAGUUGAUGGUGAUAUCUGUGAGAUAUCUCCACUGCUCUCGUAUGCUGGCGAAGGACUUACUCAGAUUGUGCAUGGGAAGACGUUCCGGAGUCCUGUGCAUCUUCAGAGCUCCACGGAAACUCUCAAUGGACACCUGUAGGAAUCACCGCCAUCCCCCUUAAAAAGUGUGAGUGUCUUGAGUGAGACAAGAGGGCAUUUAAGGUGUAUAUUUCCAAUAAAUCGCGACGCGGAAUGUCUCUCUCCCACUCUCUCGAACAAAAACACUUUCUAAUCGCUACAGUCCAUGUCCAGUAAGCACAAUGUCGAUAGAUUUUUUUUUGUUGUAAAUUUUAUUUUGUAUAUUUCUCUCUCAGCUGAAUGAGGAGAGAAAAAAAAGACAUCACAGAGAGAUGUUAAGAAAAGACUCUACAAGCAAAAGGUCACAAGAGUGAGCGUGCAAUCGUUAAGAAAUUUGAUUUCAUUUGCAUAAUAAUUUUGCGAUUUCGGAAUAGAGAUUGGAACUUAUUGGAAGGAAAGAAGAAGAAAAAAAAUCACAAAGUUAUAAGAGGUGUUGGGAACAAUACACAGUAAUAGUAAUCUUAAUAGUUUCAUAGAUCUUGCCCUAUUCUUUUUUUUUACAAAUAUUUCUUUUUAUUCUACAUUUUUUUUUGUUCAUCUCUUUUGGUGCAAAAUGUAUGAAAAGGAGAGCCAAGUUGUAAAUUAUGACUUUUUAAUGCUAAACACUUGCAAAAUUAUGCAAUAUCGCAAUAUUUCACUUUAAUUCUUCUCAUAUCUUUUGUGGUAAAUGUUAAAUCUGCCCGAAGGCUUGUAGAUAUAGUUAUUUUUUAUUUGUGUAUUCACACUGAUUAUAUUGACUUACUUUCGACAAACAAAGCAAAUUGUAUCAUACAAAAAAUAAUUGUUUAGGCUAAGAUUAAUUGUUGUAUCCCUUUUAUAUGUAAUUGAAUGUCUCUUUUCUCCCUCUCAAAACAAUCAAAUACCGUGGAAAAAAUAGAUUAAAAAAUUUUCACUGAAAGACGAAGAAAAAGAAAGACUUUCAGCCAUUUGUACAUUACCGACUCUCACAGCUGAAGCUAAUAUUUUGAGAGGUAGAAAUACAAUUAUAUUGCGUACAAUAAGGAUGUUAAAAAGCAAAUAAUUUUUUUAUAGAGAUACUAAUAAAUUAAUUGCAAAAAAAAUAAUAAUAUAUAGGCCACCAAUUAUUUAACUUUGUGAUUGUCUCGUCAAUUUCUCUCAUUUCAUUUUUUCGCAUUUUCUCCAACAAGUUUUGCUGCUGGUUUUUGUUUUUUUUGAUUGCAGAUAAGCUGAAGUUCAAAAUUCACCUGAACUUUUUAAAAACAUUUUGUAGUAUCGCAAAUAUUCGGUAUUGGAGCAAGAUAGUGCAGAAGUCUGUAAUUGACAAUGAUGAAGUAAGUCAAUUAAAUAUUUCCACAGC